AUGGUCAUUAUUUCUACAUCGGUGUGGCUACCAUGCUUGAAUUCUUUCAUUCACAGUCUUAUUCGUCGCCUUAAAGAAUAUUAUCGUCGCCAGAAGGAAUACUAUUUCAUAUAUAAGCAUCGUCUUCUCUUCGCUGUUGUUUUAGCCUUUAGUCGUGCUUUGACAAACUAUGCAAUUAUAAAUGUACUAGCAUGGUAUUUUACAGACCAUGGAGAGGAUUUAGUGGUGUCUUCAAUCAUGUCGAACAUCCAUGGUUCAUUAUCAUCCGUUUUGGUGGUACUCAUGGCCAAUGCAGCUGACUCGUACGUUGGAAGAUUCUACACUAUCUUGUUUUCCAACACCGCGUAUAUCGGAGGCUUGAUGCUUUUGUUGAUGUUCAAUCCGUACGAUGUGAAAUGGCUUGUUGUGAUCUUGCUGGUACUCUUAGCUCUUGGAACAUCCGGAGACAAGCUUUUACAAGAAGUACUCACCGACCUGGUGAAUGACCUUGAUAAGUCAGAAGCUCAGACUAAAGAACGAUCUAUUGCACGUGCAGAAAUCUGGCCACGUAUAGCAAAAGUUGUUGCUGCCAUUUGUGCGAUGUUGUUUGUUUCCCAAAUAGGUUGGGGAAUUCAAAUCUUGAUUUGCAUAGUCUUUAUGACAAUAUGCUUGAUCAUUUUUUGCACUGGCCAUAAUAGUUAUCAUCAGGGGCAACUGACUGAAAGACCCGUAGGUGUCUUCUUUCGAGUGUUACACAUGGGUAUCAAGGAACUACUAAUCAAGCGCAAAUCCUGGGAUUAUGCAGGAAAGAUCACCACUAUCCAGUGGGUGAUGAGCCUUUUAAGAAUGUUUCCCAUGUGGGAGGUGUUUUUGGUCGUGUACCUAAUAUCAGCAACUGGGAGCACCUUCUUUUUUGAGCAAUACAACAACCUCAAUACUAACAACCAAAUAGCAGUACAGAUCUACGGCUUGAUUAAAGAUGUCUCGAGUUUUGCUAUCCCAUUUUUGUAUCCCUGGAUUUGUGGUUUACGUAAAAAUAAUGAAAAGGUCAAAGUUGGCGUCGGAAUGCUUUGUGGAAUAGUAAGUUGUGUUUUUGCUUGGCAACUGGAGGUUCAAAGGUUAAAAAGAGUUAACAAUCUGGAUGAUAAGAAUGCAAAUACUUCCCUAAGUUUUCUUUGGUUGGUGCCUCAGUUCUGUGUGAUUGGGGGCAUGGAAGGACUUACUGGGGAAGGAUUGUUAAAUUUCUACAAGUCACAAAUGAAAGAAGAGACAUUACACAGUUACGGGGAGGAAUAUAUUGAAUUUGUGACGGGCUUUGGAACGUUUCUUAACAUUAUUCUCAUCUUAAUAUUUAAAAGCCGACUGGGAUGGUUCGGGAACACAGUAAAUGAAAGUCGCCUAGAUAAGUAUUAUUUGCAUCUCGUAUUUGUUGGCUUAGUAAACUUCAUCAUCUAUUGUUUGUUUGCAAGAUUUUACUACAAGGAUGCUGAUCGACAUCAAGACUUGAUGAAUGAUGAUUUGAUUAAUCAACGUCUUGAUGAGCUCUUGCCUUGUGAUAAUCGUGAACAAGAUAAUCAGCCCCUGGCUAAUGAUGAGCAAGUACAAGAAAACCAGCUCUAG